AACAGUAAAGCAGCGCUGCGUUUCCUACCGGAGGACUUUGGCAGGAGCACCAGGUCAGAGCGAACAGCACAGCACUGAGCGCCCAGGGAGCAGCUCUGCACACAUACAUGUCUCUCUGCUGGUGAAGAGAAAGGUGUAAUGUAUGUUAAGCAUGUGUAUCGGGCGUGUGUGUAACGAAAUAUCUGCAGCAGAUAAACGUGUUUAGCUAGGACCGUGCUGUUAGCUAACUUUAGCUGACGUCGGUCGCUCUGGUCAAAUUGUCCUGUGUGCCUCCUAUGCAGCGCCCCACUGGUUUGAAGGACGUGUAGAAGUUGUGCUGUGGUACAUCAGCUUAUUUAAAUAUGUAUGUACAUUUAAAAGCGAGUCUGAGCUCUUUGUACAAGUAGCUUGUUAGCAUGCAGCCCUGUCAAAAACACGAACAGCAGCAAAGGUGAAUCAUUCUCGUCUCAGCACAAGUCAUGAGGGAGUUUUUGAGGAAGGUGCACGGUGUCGUUAUAAAGCUCGCGCUGUUUCCGAGCACAUUGGGCAGGACAGUCCCGCGGCCCGCAGCCUCAGAGGUGCUGACCUGCCACCUGCUUCAGCGCAAACUCCCGCCCUGGACCUCAUACUGUGUCCGCUACAGCUCGGUACACAAUGACCAGUUUGGACUGUCCAACUUUAACUUUAGAGUCCAGGGAUCCAACUACCAGAUACUGAGGACAGGCUGCUUCCCCUUCAUAAAGUAUCACUGCUCAAAAGCGCCUCAUCAGAACCUGGACUAUGAAGACAAGUUUUUCACCAUAUUGAAAGUUCUUAACCUAGGCAUCCCUUGUUUGGCCUAUGGCAUUGGCUGCUGGAUGGUGGUGGGAGCUGCAGAAACAGUGCAAACAAGUGUUGGACCUGUCACAGUUUAUUUCGCCUACAAAGAAGAUGAAGGCGCACAGUACUAAACCAUGAAAAAAAUACUCAUUCAAGUGUUUUAAGAGACUCUUUUCUGCCAAGCUGCUGUAUUUACAACAUUUCCCCUCAAUGUUCUGCUGGACCUACGUACGACAAAAGUGCCUUCUUGUGUCACUCCUCCUGUUGUCUGACUGCACAGGUUCCUUUGUGUUUAAUUAUUUAAUAUUUAAAAGUUGCAUAGGACGGGUCACUUAAGCAUGUUAUUACACUGACAUACAAUACUGACAGUGUUUGAACGGAAAGCUAACUUUCCAUUAAUGUUUAAUGGAAAGUUUAGGAUUUCUAUACUUCUAGUCACAAGGAUGUUGUAAAUGCUGCAUGAAAGUGUAUUUUUGCAAUUAUUAUUAUUAAAGUAUAUAACAUUA